ACUCGCUGUUGUAAUGCUAUAAUCUCGAUUUACUUAUUUAACAGCUAUAGUUUCCGCUGGCAGCCUUUAUUAUCGCCAAUAAAAUCUUUAAAAGUACAAACUCUUCAUUUUCAGCAUGAAAUGUGCAGACGCACGUUCCUCCUGUUUUAUAAAGGUCUGAUAAGCUUCAGGAAGCAAUAAUGUUAAGCGAUGGAUGUUUAAUUAGUUCUUGGUCCAGAGAGGUUAGGCAGUGUUGGCUGAGUGGUGUUUUCUUGGCCUCGCGGCUGUAAUACGAUUUUAUGGCCUGAACACUUGCGUCAGGGAAAAUAAACACACGUGUGUGUUGAAUAGCUUAGGCUUCGUUAUUUUAUUCCUGCCUUUCGAAUGUUUAAAUCUGAACCUUAUUAGUUUUAAGAGAUGAAGCAGCUUAAUUUUUUAUUUAUUUCUAAUUUAUUAAUUUCAUUUAGACUCUUGAGUAUGGAGUCUUGGGUAGUCUCAUGUGCAACAGAUGGCACUGUAUGGUUAUGCAAGGACCCCCAUCUGUACCGUGAGCCUUAAAUGGUUUGUGUGAGAGAGAGAAGGAGAGGGUGAGCGAGUGUAAGUGUCCUGCACUAAUGCAGCACACUUCAUCUGAGAUGAGAGCGACGAUAUCACCCCCUUUUCUCCCAGUUUAUUCCCGUUUUCCCUCCUGCUGCAGCCCCCUUAGGCCGCAGUGAGAAGCAAGCGACAUGGAUGGGUUUUACGACCAGCAGGUCCCUUUCGUGGUUCCCUCCAGUAAGUCUCACAUGCAGGAACAGUCUUUCAGACCAUUCAGUGACCGAAAAAGGAAGUUUGUUGACACUGAGUUGGCACAGGAUACAGAGGAGCUCUUUCAAGAUCUGAGCCAGCUACAAGAGAUUUGGAUAGCAGAAGCCCAGGUACCUGAUGACGAACAGUUUGUUCCAGAUUUCCAGUCGGAUAACUUGAUGUUCCAUGGACCCCCUCAAACUAAAGUAAAGCGGGAACUGAGCCCAAGUAGAGAGUUUUCCCCGUGUGGACAAGAGCAGAGACUGUCUCCAUAUGGAGAAAAGUGCCUAUAUAACUACAGUGCCUUCGACAGGAAGCCAUUUACUUUUAACAAGCCACUCACUCCUCCUCCUACACCGGCAUCACCCUUCGGCUCCUCCACCAGCACAGCAACACACCCUGUGCAAAAAAGAGUGAUGCCACCAGCCCAGACUCAGACACAAGGACCGCCACUAUUACCUGGUCCCAACCACAGCUCCACGUCUCCACAUCAGAGAGCACAGACUCCACUCCACAGUCAGAGCCCUCCUUUUGCUAUGCCCUGCCCACCUGUCAAUCACCCAGAUGCCUCCUACAGCACAGACCACAGGUUCCAUCGGCAGCUUUCCGAGCCCUGUCUGCCAUUCCCACAGUCCGAUGGCCGCUGUCAGACACCUUACCACCCGCAGGCCCGUGGCCAUUUUCCCCGACACGGCCGCCCCCCUUAUCAGCGCCAGAUGUCAGAGCCGUUGGUGCCAAUGCCUCCCCAGGGAUUCAAAAAGGAAAUGGUGGAUCCCUGUUACAAUGAGCAGGGUUUGCAAAACAUGGGACCUCCUCGUGCACCGAUGUUCCACCAGGUGUCAAUCAAACAGGAGCCCAGAGACUUCGGCUAUGACUCAGCAGAAGUACAGAACUGCCAGUCAUCUUUUGGCAAAUCAGCAAACUUUUAUGGCGCCAACAGUGAGGGUUUUGGGUAUGACGGAGAAUCCCACCUGUAUUAUGACGAUGCAUGUGUAGUGCCAGACCGCCUGGAGGGAAAGCUGAAGCAGGAGGGUGGAGUUUUCCGGGAGGGUCCUCCGUAUCAACGAAGGGGGUCUCUGCAACUCUGGCAGUUCCUGGUCACUCUGCUGGACGACCCAUCCAACAGCCACUUCAUCGCUUGGACUGGCCGUGGGCUGGAGUUUAAACUCAUUGAACCAGAGGAGGUUGCUCGCCGUUGGGGCAUCCAGAAGAACAGGCCUGCGAUGAAUUAUGACAAACUGAGCCGCUCCCUGCGCUACUACUAUGAGAAGGGCAUCAUGCAGAAGGUAAAGGUUGCUGGGGAGCGGUACGUGUAUAAGUUUGUGUGUGAUCCCGAUGCACUCUUCUCCAUGGCAUUCCCUGAUAACCAGAGGCCCAGUCUGAAAGCAGACCCCGAUGGGCUGCAGGUUCCUGAGGACGACACUGUUCCGCUCUCACAUUUUGAUGAGACUAACAGCGUCCCGUAUCCAGGCGAUUCCAGGGACCAGUGCUUAGUGGGGACGUCCUUUCCUGAAAAUUACGCUUUCUGAACUGUUUCACCACUGAGGGGCAGACCAGAAGAACUCUAAAAUGCAUCCUCGCACUCCAAAUGCAGCUCAUGUCAAAUUGUAAUCGCUCCAAUGAGGAAUCUGUAGCGCCUGCUGACAAGUCUCUAGACUUUCUUGCCAUACUUUUAUUGUUUGUUUGUUUGUUACUACACAGGUUCCAUGAUGGAAUUUUUUUUUUAAAUUACAAACAAAAAAACUUAAAGGGACACAACAGUAUUUUCCAGUAUAACCUUUGUUUUUAUAUAUAUAUAUAUAUAUAUAUAUAUAUAUAUAUAUAUAUAUAUAUAUAUAUAUAUAUAUAUAAUAAGUGUAUAUUUUAAAAUAUGGCUUUUGUGCACUGCUUUUCUUUGUGUAUCGGGCCUGGUGUCUUUUUCAAUGCUCUGCUUUAGUGAGAUUUGUAACAACUUCUGACAAUGCAUAAUGAUGCACCUCAGGCUGUGUUGUCAUUAUCAGAGUGUAUAUAGCUUUGAUUAUAAUCUGGAAAAAUGCACAUUUUUUUUUCUCCAGCUGGCCAAGUAAAAUGCUUUAUAACUGUUCAGAAAUAGUUAUUUCAAUUGCUUUUGUAAUGUGAUUUUUAUGGAUAUGGGGCGGGGUAGAUUUGUCAAAAAGAGGGUAAGGGAAUUGCAAAGUGAAAUCUAUGUAUAUUAUGAAUAUAUUUUUGCAAAAGUUGAAUUGAAUUGCAUUGUAUAAGCUGUACAACAGACUUUUAUCACUUUUAAUCUGUUCUUUUUGUAUAGUGGUUUGUGUGAAAUUGCAAACCGGCUCUUGAUAUAGGGGAAAAUCAAGGCUGAAAUGCCUGAUCCAGGAUCAGUCAUGCUUGCUCGACCUUUAACUGUUUACCAAAGGAUUAUAGCGAGGCUGUCUGAUCUCUGCUCGGAAGUAAACAAGCAUGGCAAGAAGCUCUUUCCACCUUCACUGUCAACCUUAUUUGUCUGUACUGGGUACAACAGACCCCUAGUUCUGUUUCACUGUGGAUAAAACUGUCUCAUUGUCUUUUGAAGACAAUUUCUUUCAUUAAGAAUUUUCAAGUACAGUUUUGGUGUACAAUUACAGAUCUGUAUUUUCUAAACUAUAAGGUACAGGAUAAAUAAACGUCCAUAAACAGA